AUGGUGUCCUUUUGGCCCUGGAAGGGCGACGCGUCCUCCCCGGCGUCGUUUGAAAAGACCCUGUCGACGCUGUCGGCCAAAAUCACCGACACGCAAGCCCGCCUCGACCGCGUGCGCUCAAGCUCCCGCCGAGUCAAGGUGCUGUGGACGCUGUACCUGGGCUUUGCCUACCUGGUGUACGCCAUUGUCCUGCUGCUGGUGGUGGGAUACAAGAAUCUCGGAGCCUACGACUGGACAGGCAUGGCAGGCGGGCCCGUUUCAAUAUACGCGAUUCGCACCCUCAUCGGAAGCUACUUUGCCUACCGCAUCGACACCAUCAGCGCCCGCCUCAAAUCGCAACAAGACGAGCGCGCCAAAACCAUCCAGAAGCUCAAAGACGCCACCAAGUACGACUCCACCAUGCAGCUCAUCCAAAAGUACGGCGGCGAAGGCAAAAAGAAAGCCGCCGACGAAACCUCGAGCCCGACGCCCAAAAAGGGCGCCAGGAAGUCCGGCCCGGCCAGCACCACCACCACCACCACUACCACCGGUCGGACGAACCUGCCUCCUCCCCCAACCGCCAACAUAGUCGGCCGGGAGGCAGCCCCGCAGCAACCAAGCGCCGAGUUUGCCCCCAACGCUUUCAACGAUGCCUCCGCUCCUCCUCCCGCUCCGCGCAUCCACCAGCAGCAGUACAUGACGCCCGUAAGCCACUGGUACGACCGCAUCUUCGACGUGCUCCUCGGCGAGGACGAGACCGCCGCCAGUAAUCGCUUCGCGCUCAUCUGCCGCGACUGCCGGCUGGUCAACGGACAAGCGCCCCCGGGCACCAAGAGUCUCGCAGAGGUCGGCCUUUGGCGCUGCUCCAGCUGCGGCUCCACCAACGGCGAGGUCGACGAGGGCAAAAGGAUCAUGCAAGAGGUGCUUGCUUCCAAGCAGGAUCAAGCUGAAGCUGACGCGUCUGGCUCGGAGCAUGCCCAAGGACCUGCAGGUAGUGUCAAGGCUCGCCAGGGGGGGGCUUCCCGGAAAGGUGGCGGCCGGGAAAACACGAGAGAGCUGGAGAAUGGUAAUGAUUGA